GGGAGGACGCCGCGGUGAUUCCGAUUGCGGCCGCGAGGGGCGCUGCCGUACGACGAGCUACGGGCGCUACGGCGACGCGGAGCCACACCUAGGAGUUUCUCGACGUUUUCACGAGGAAAACCGUGUUGGAGGCCCGUGCUGGUCGAGUUUCAUCCGAGCCCGAGCAAUGGAAGGCUACGAGGAAGACGACGACACCCACUUCUGCAUCAAGUGUAACUUGACAAUCCACGGGCUCGACAAUUAUGUGCGGCACCGUCGGUCGAGCUGCCGGCCGUCCAACGUUAAAAUCGAGAUUGUUCACGAGCCACCGUCGACGCCGACGACGGUGUCCUAUCCCGAGAUCCUGAACGCGGACGCGUUCUUCAGCUCGCUGGAAUUACAGAGCAACGCUCGCCGUGCGCCGACUUUGUUGGACAACAGUCGAAAGUUCAAGAAAGAUGACAAGAGGAAGAAGGACCAGAAAGGCCAGGUGGAUGGUGACGAGACGAAGGAUAAGCUUAACAGUAUGUUACCCGCCGUCAGCGAUCUGGACGAGCCACCGGAUCUGUGCAUCCAGUCCCUCAAGCAGACCGCUCUCGAACGCAAGAGGCACGAGAAUCAGCAGAGUUGGCUGGAUGAUACUAUUCUCGCCGACCUUGCUUUGGGGAAUAGCGCGAACAAGGAGCUGGCGAGAUACGACUUCGAGUACGAUGACUCCGAGGACGACAUGCUGGAGGAGGAAUUGGAGGUGGAUUCCUAUUCAGAUUCGGAUGACGGCGAAAAUCGGGAGCGCCCGCCGCGUGAUCACACCGGCGGAAAGUGGAAGCCCGGACUCGACGAUUUGCCGCAGGACAUGCCGCAUAUGCAUGAGGAGGACGACGAUCAUCAGGAACAUCCACCGCCGACGUAUACCGGCGGCAAAUGGCGACCCGCGGAGACGUCGCAAAAGGUCGAGGAAUACGAAAGCAAGGACACCUCCGGACAGCCGCCGCCAGGACACACGCGAGGGAAAUGGGUACCGGGUGCACGAACGGAUAUCGAGUCGGGAUAUUGGUGCAAUCCUUGCGGCAGGAAGCUCGCCUCACGAUUGGUCUACAACAGGCAUCUGCUCUCUGAUUUGCACGCCAGGAGGAGCAUUAAGGAGCUCGACGACGGUCUCCCUCUACGGCGCGGAAUAAAUUCGCACGCGAGAGUAUCCAGAAGAGUGUCCACUCGUAGGCAGUCCUCGUUUACGACGAGGACGAAAGAGGAGCCCGAGCCGAAGAAAGUUAAGAAAGGUCUGCGCCGAAGAGAGAAGGAGAUUCUUCUCUGCGAGAUGUGCCGCGCGCGCGUGAGGAGGCCUCAAAUGGGUAAACAUUUGCUCUCCCAUUACCAUUGCCGUGUGUCAGGUGUCCUCGUGAAUCCUCGCAAUCCAAAUGUACGCCGUUUCCUUCUGGAGCACAUAGCGAACGUGGUUCGACAGAGCCCCUUCCAGUGCGCCCCUUGUCGCUUUUACUGCAACACCGAGGACACGUUCCUACUUCAUUGGCGGUCUGAUCUUCACUCCGAGACCGUAGAACAGAUCGGCGGUAGUUGCCGAUGCACUCCGUGCAACUUCUGGUGCGAAGACAACACGACAAUGGAGUCUCACCUUCUCAGUACGAGUCAUCGUGACGUUGUAUCGAUGAUGAAGGGCUCCGUGCCGGUGGUAAUUAGUCGUCAACGUACGUUAGCCUGCGGCAGUUGCGAUCGGCAAUUCCGAUACAACUUCCAGCUGCGGUUGCACGCCAAAGAGACCGGUCACACCGCAAGUCACACCGCGUCGGACGCGUAUCAGCAGCGUAUCAAAUGCGAUCUAUGCCCCCAAGUCGUCCGUUCCCUGGUCGCGCUUCAACGUCACGUGCUGACCAGUCACGUCGCCAAGGACGAGGAAAAGGGCGAGGUCGCGGCGGCCGAGCGGCCGGCGCCGUACUUCUGUUCCUUCUGCUCGAUGAACUUCACCACCGCCCAAGAAGCGGUUCUGCAUCGGAGAACCUCUAGUCACAAGGAAGCUGUGAAAGCGCGCAAGAGUGAGGAGGGUCUGCUGGAGACAGUGCGGGAGUGCCCUCACUGCGACCGGAAGCAGCCGAAUCUCGCGGCGCACAAGAGUCAUCUCCUUCUGUGCCAUCCGGAAAUUUGCCACAGAUGUCCUCGAUGCGGCAUGCUUUUCGCCCUGUCGCAAGACGUCACCAGGCACACGCGAGAGGGUAAUUGUCUCAAGAACGAUAAGUCGGACGCGGCUGAGGCGGAAAGCGCGGAGAACAAAUGGAAGUGCAAGGUUUGCAUUUUCUCGACUGGCUCCAAGGCCGAAUUUAUUUUUCACGAGGCCCUGCACGCCGGUGCCGUUCAAGAUACGGACAAAGGGGCGUCCGGCUCGAGCAAAUUGUUGCCGAAAUAUAAGUGCCCGAGUUGCGCGAAAGCUUUCCCGAAAACGUCGCUGCGGAAUCACAUCAGGCAGCAUACGGGGGAGAAGCCCUUCCCGUGCGUCAAGUGUUCGAUCUCGUUCUCCAGGCGAUCGCAUCUCGUCAUUCACCAGAGGAUAUGCAAUAUUUCGUCGAAAUCUCUCGACAAAACCGGCCGUCGGCGGAGCUUCAUCUGUUUGCAUUGCAAAGAAGGCUUCUACACAAAACAUGCCCUUCGACAGCACAUGCUGCGACAUGCUGGCAAGAAGUACAAGUGCGGCCUUCCGGGUUGUCCAACGAUUCUUCGUACCGCGACCGAGCUGAAGACUCAUCGAAAGCUGGUCCACGACAACAUCGAGAAACAGCAUUCGUGUCCCGAUUGCGCCUACGCCGCUAAAACGAAGACGCAGUUGCGCAGACAUAGGAUACGGCACGAGGAUUCCGCGAACGCCGAGAAGGUUCAGAUCCAUUCCUGCACUUACAACGGCUGUAAUUUUACGACGAAGCUCGGCUCGAACCUGCGGAGACACACGCGGCUGCAUACAGGCGCCAAACCGUACCAGUGUCGACAUUGUUCCUACGCUAGUAACACUCUGGAAAAUCUCCGGAAGCACAUACUAUCGACGAAUCUGCAUCCGGGCAAGACGAUCUACGAGUGCGAGUUUUGCAAGAGGGAGAAAGGGAAAGAGGCGGAUUCGUUCUGCACGAAUUUCGCCAAGGAACUCCGUGCUCACCUGCUGGUAGCUCACACUGAAGACUUCCCGUCGCCAAGUCAUGCGAACAGCUAUACAAAGAAUAUUUUCAGACCAACUUAGUUUUAAAAAAAGGUGAGAGAAUGAUGUCCUCUCGAUUUCAUUAAAGUCUGCGAUUUAUAUUAUACAUGCCAUACAUUGAAUUAAUAAAAUGUAUCAAUCCAUAUCUCUAAACGGUCUUUUCACUUUCCCUGCUGUCACAUAAAUUCUUUCUUAUUAAAACGAAAUCUUAUCCUUUUAUUGUUUGUGAUAAGAGAAGAUGAUCGCAAUACUCUACAUUGAGAAAAAUUUCUAUUGGAGAAACCAAUUGA